UCAGGGUUUAUAAUAGUAAAUCCAAAUAGCAUUUCACACAUCACUUAUAUGGACUGAAGGUCUGUCUGGGGGGAUUAACUGGGCUGAGAGUGAGCUGUCACACAAACCAGGGCAGAAGGCUCGGGGGGAUUAAUUGUAGGGGGUCUAGCCUUUCAGAACAAUAUGCAUCAAAGCACCAAACUCCGCUCUCUCAGCCUCAGCUGUCCAACACGUUCAGCCAGCGAAAUGGAUGCAGCACUGGGGGGUCACGGAACAGGAAAACCAGCAAGACCAUGUGGGUCUAAUCUGGGAAGGAGCAGAGGAAUCCGGACUCACCUGAGCUGCCUCUCACAGAAGUCUGACUCUUUCAGUGACUUCUCGUCUUUACAAUAUGACAGUAAACACAGCCAGGCACUGAAACGAUUAAAUCCAGAUGAAGCAAGAAGAUGGGCACGUUCUUUUGACCUUCUUCUGUCUCAUAAAUGUGGCUGCACAGUGUUUCGUGCCUUCCUCCAGUCAGAAUUUAGUGAGGAGAACCUUGAAUUUUGGAUGGCUUGUGAAGAGUACAGAAAAACCCGUUCACUCAAUAAGCUUCCAGCAAAAGCUCAUCACAUAUUCCAGGAAUUUAUUGAUGUACAGGCUCCAAGAGAAGUGAACCUUGAUUACCCUACUCGUGAACUGACAAAGGGCAACUUGCUGCACCCUACUUUGUCCUGUUUUGACCUUGCACAGCUGAGAAUACACAGCCUAAUGGAAAGAGAUUCUUACCCAAGGUUUCUUCGUUCAAAAAUGUACAAUGACCUUCUCAGCCACACUCAGAAGAGCCCAUGCUAAUGCUAAGCUACAAAGAAGAGUGAAGAAGUGGCUACAGGGACAUUGUGACCUGCUGCCUUUCCCAAAAAUAACUGACUUGCACUUUAAAGAGUGGACAAAGACUGACUAAAUAUCACUGUCUAUGUGUUAAACCCAUUCUCUGUCUUAUGCUCGUUUACCUAUACCUUGUCAAGACCUGCUAUAAAAAAAAUAACUGGAAGCAAAGAAAAGUAUCUGAUCAAUGCCAAUGGGUCAAGACUGUUAGGGUGUCUUAAUAUCUUCCUAUGCAUUUUCCCCCAACUAUCUGCAUAUAUGUCACUAAGAAACCUUAGACCAUGAGAAUUCAAAAGGAGGAGUUCAUCUAUGCUUAUACAACAAUGGGUUGUGUCAAGUGCAUUAUUAUGAUAUGGACUUUAUAACCCCCUAACCAGUGUCACUAACGGUGGGCAGCUUUGAUUCCAUUGUUGGUAUUUAACUGUGAUGCUACUGCUGGGACAAGGUACACGAGUGAAUGAAGUAAUGUUGUUUGUCACUGGGAAGCUGAAUCACUGUCUAUUUUAGCUCCUCACUGGUGCUUCAUGCGUAGGCAUACAGCUGCAUCCUGUUGCUAAACUAACUCCUUGUAUCCUGCAAAUACUACCUUUGGUUGCUGGGAAUUAAAUUGCAAUACCUGCUGGAUGACAGUGUUAUGUAUAUCUAAAAGGGUAGUUCACUUUUAAAUUAACUUUUAGCAUGAUGCACACAAUAUUUUAGCCAGUGUUUUUUUUGUGGUGCUUUAAUAAUUUAGCUUAUUGUUAAGCAGAUCUAGAAUUGGGAAUUUAAGCAGCUAUCUGUUUGCUAGGGUUCAGUUUAUCCUAGCAACCAGGCAGUUGUUUAAAUGACCAACUAGAAAAUGAAUAGAAGAGGCCCUGAACAGACAUCUAAGUAAUAUAAAAAGUAGUAAUAACUAUAAAACUGUCGCGUAAUAGGUCAGUGACCCCCGACAACUAGAUAUAAUUUUAAAUUGCAAGUUGGAAAGAAGCAGAAGAGGAAUGCAAGUAACUAAAAAAUGGACAAAACAAAGACCUAUUAAAAUGUUGAUAAGACUAGUACAUACUAUAACAUACUGAACGUUAAUUUAAAAUUGAACUACUCCCAGUACAGCUGUAUCUACAUGAAACGCAUACCCCCAUAUGCAAUAACAAGAACUAAGUUUGUCCAAAAGCAGUAACAAAUGUCAACCAAUCAGAUGUUUGCUUUGAACAGGAGACCUAUAAUACUACCUGCUGAUUGAUUGGUUGCUAUGGGUAUCUGACCUGGGUAAACUUAGAUGCAUAGGUGCAUUGCAUUUAACUGAGCUGGGAUGGUAUUAACAUUUAGAUCAAUAGCACAAAUAGCAGUGAUUAAAAGGCUGAGUGCGCUAUGGUUCUUAGGCUUUUUGCAUAUGGGACAGAUCCCGGUGGUUUGCCAGGGAGCAGCACUAAUGCUCCCCAUAGACCUGACGAUUCUUCUUGUCGAACGACCGAUUUUAGGGAAGUCAGACCAAUCCUUCGAAAUUAUCGUGCGGUUAGUGGGA